AUGUCUUUGGUCUUUACAGAUGUCCCGCAAGGUAUUUCAACGUUUUAUGUGUUUUGUAUUUCGAUCUGCAUUCCCGUUACGCAAAGGAUUAACUCCUGUGUACUACUCUGUGAUACCUAGGUUUCAACUCUGCGGUGGAAGCUUUGAAUUCAUUGCCGCAGGACAUUCUGGCUGAAAUGGUAUGGGCUGACUACUUCAUUAAUUUUAGAGACUUGAUUUCACCUUGGUAGCUAAGCUUUUAUGCUCUACUAAAUGAUUUAGUGAGAAUAUAAUUAUUUUUGUUACCUUAUCCAUUUUCCUGACCUCUGUACAAUUCUCCUAUCCCCCCUGAACUUCCUCUUUUAUAGCGUAAUAACAUUAAUAGUCCAUUUUACAGUUACAGCUGGAAACGAGGCUGGAGUUGACCUUGUUUUGAUGCAACCCUUCUUCCUUUAUUAUGUAAACAUGUUGUUGUUUAUGCUAACUAGUAUUUUUUAAGCAAAAUUUCCAUUAAAGGUAGGAGGUUUGUAUCAAAACAAGGUUGACCUCAGACUCAAGUUCACUCAAAGGCUAGGGCACAAGCCCACAGCUGUAAAAUGGCCUGUUACAACCCCAUUAAAUAUGAAAACAUCCAGAAUCUGGAUGGUUUACUACUUGGCUCUUAAUAAUCUGCUACUUAACAAUUAUUCCGCGAGUGUGCGUUGGAUAUGAGAUGGUAGAUAGCCAACGAGGUGCGUAGUACCGAGUUGGCUAUAAUCAUCUCAUAUCCAACAAGUGCGAGUGGAAUAAUAAAUUGUUUUCUUAAAAAUGCCCACAAAAUGUCAAGAAUUCGUCCCGAUUUUAUUUGUAGAAACAACCAAUUUUCAGCUUGUUUUUAAUUUUGAGCAGAUGCAUACAGUUUCCAUAUUUGGAGAGCGUGGUAUAAUGGCUCAUAUACGAUUAUGACUAAGCCAAUCAGAGCUCUAGGAUUGCAUCAUCCAAUGAUUCAGUUUUUAAUAAUAGGGGAUGUCUCAUGAAUCAAUCAUUGUGAUUACGGUUGACAACACCCAAUGCCCCAAAGCAUCUUGCCAGACGUGCCCAGGAAAAAAACCUGUGGUACCCACAGUAAAAGUGAGCAAAGAAUGUGACAGUGAUGACUCAUGAACUUGUCAAAUAUUUGUUGUAGUGUCAGGAUGCGGCAGCAUUUCUCCAGUACAAGCUGGCGUUAUAUCCUUUGGAGCAAUAUCAAAAGGUACUGAAACCUUGCAUUGUACAUUAUUUUAAGCCACAGAAUAGCCUGUGCCACAGAUGAAAUGAAACCUCUGUUUUAGUCCAUCUGCAAGUCAGCCUCAAAAUCCUUGUUCUGGGUCCUCAGCUGGGUUUAUGGUCAGGUCGCCCGAAACAAGAGAUUUUUUUUUUUCACUAAUAAACUUUUUAUUCAGAAAGAUAAAUAUUAACAGUUUGCUUUUUUGAGAGUGGGACAUCUUGUCUCCACUAUUUUUAAAUUACUAGAUCCAAAUUGUAACAAAAACAGGUUACUUACAAACAGCAAAUUACAUAGAUGCAGAGUUAUGUCACCCGAAAUGCUGAGUUCUAUCGCAUGGUAUUGGCUGGGAUGAUGUGAAGUUCACGUAAAAUAUUUUAGAGGUUGCAAUUAAACUGUAGUCUAAUAAUUCUUAAGACAUCUGCACAUUUAAUUGAUUGAUUGUUUGAAACAUCAGCAAGUCCAUGCUCAGCUGCCUCAAAGCAAACAAUGCAGAAUAUUGUAAUGACGACGGUUGAAUUCUGAUCAUUUGACAACACUGAACCGCAGACCUCUAAGGAAACCAACUUCCCAUUAAUAAUUAAUCGGAAGUUCAAGUGUUUAAUUGGUCUUAAAAUAACUUUAGUGAAAUUCACACAUCCCAAGGGCAAGACUGGACAUUUCCCUUUCUGCCCCACUCACUUUAACUGUGCUCAAAGGUUUCUCAGGUUUUAAUUAUGUUCAUUGUUAUGAUAUCUUUUAGUGUCUUCAAAGUGCGGGGAUAUCAUAUGAUGCAAAACUGAUAUUUAAUGCCAUAAGUUAUAUAUUCAGGUAUGUGCAAAGAGGAAAAGGCAGUAUGGACAAUUAGUCUAGAUUGAUGAUGAUUUUUUGAAGAUCUCCUAUGUUAAGAUGUGGGGCCCUUAGUGCUAUUCAAAUACGUUUCUCCAGCCUGUAUAGCAAGCGUUUCCACUUAAGUUAUUCCGAGAAGAUUUGGAACUAGAGCAAAAAAAAUGGAGGUAGGGUAAAGGGUAGGGGAGAAGAAGGAUUAAACCUUCUGACUUGACGAUUCACCCAGUUAAAUAGCAAACCCUACUUAAAAGAGAAAAAUUAAACAUCAUUUUUGUAAAAAAAUUGUGAUAAUUAUAAGAUUACUAUUAUGCCUGUACUGGUAGUUUGUUUCUGCUUGAACCACAAAAAAGUUAAACUACGAAAGCUAGGGUAGCUAUUUUGUCACAUGACAGCCUUCAUUAGAAAAAGUAAUAAUAAAUAUUGAAUAUCACCAACCAAUCUCCUUUUUCUAUUCAUACAUUCAGUGGUUCAGAGUAUCAACAUUAAUUUUGUUUUGUAAGACAUCUAGCUUUCUCUAAUCUUAGAUGUCUUGUCACCCCUUGUAAGGGAAUCGGGAUUCUGGAAUCUGGGAAAUUAUUUUUUGCUUGUGGAAUCCAGAAUCCUGGGCCAUGGAAUCUGGAAUACAGCUCAAGGAAUCUGGAUCCUACUAACAAUUGGAAUUUGGAAUCCAAGUUCCACAGGCACAGAAUCUGGAAUUGAGUACGUUUAAUCUGGAAUCCACAGCAUGGGAUCCAGAAUCCGAAAUGUCUCAGAUUCGCAAACAUUGGGCACGUCUUAGACAAAACCUGGCAAUGGCAAUUGUCAUGUCUUCCUUUAUGAUGACUGCAAGCCUGAAUUUCUUAUCAUAUUUUAUUUGUUUUUGUUAAUUGUGUUCUUUUUUUUUUUCUUUCAUAAUUUUCUAAGGUCUGCUGCUAAAGCUAAACUACCUGCUGAUAAACUGAUAACAGAACUUAAAUCGUCUCUCUGCUGGAAAGAAGCUACUCUCUCGGUUAUAAAACAUGUCUGGAAUGAACAGGCAAGGGUGUGGUCGAUUAUUAUACAUUGUACUUCCAUGAAAAAAAUAAUUUGGGAUCUUACUAUGAUGAAGGCAGGUGCAGCGAGAACGAAAACAGAAAAAUUUGAAAAACAACACGGUCAGUGAGCAAAACAUUAGCUCAACGUGUUUGGCACAUGAAGUUUUUGGCCAGUCAAGUCGCCAUUUUGAUCGGACAACGUCCGUUAAUGAGCCAUUAUUUUGAGCCCUGUUUCCUUUUCCAUGUACUUACUGUUUUCAAAAGUUUUCUUACAUUUCCUGUCUUGCAGGGGAAGCUUUUAUGCAGCUCCGACUUAGCACAGACUUUGAAUGUGGGACAGGUAAUUCGCAGGCUACAGUAAGCAUGAACUUGACACAAUAACCAUCUUUUACUAGGAAAAAAAAAAACAAGAAACAAAACCAAAGAAGAGUCCUGUUACACCCGUACCUCCCCAUAACAUCCCCACCCUGUCUCCUAGGUGGCUGUUGAGCAGAUGUUCAACUGUAGUUUAUUUUUUUGUCUGCUUGAAUUAGACAGGUUCAACAACAGGAAAACUGUUUUUAGUUUGUUUCAAAAUGGAAAUCACUGUGGCCUGUUGGCUUUUGUUAUUUUAGCCUAAAAACUAGGGUGAUAAUGAUGUUUAUUUUUUUCAACACUUCUGACAAAAAUCUACAUUUUCUUGCAAACUACAUGUUGUAACGACAGAAAUUACAUCUUUUCCCCAGCUGGUUGACAUGAAGUGGAAGCUCUCUGUUGGUGUGAGUUCCAGUGCUUGCCGCAGCCUAAAUUCUCCCUACAUUACAGCAUUAGUAACAGUCACAGAUCCCUCUGGAGCUCUCCUUACUAAGUCCUUUGAAUUGACAAUUGGUGAAUUCAAGGUAAUCUACCGUAAAGUAUAA